AGAUCCGCGGUCACACUGUACGCGUAAAAAAAGAAAAGAAAUAUUUGUACUAUUUUUCUAACAUUUAUAGUCUUUUUUAUAAAUGAACACACAGCAAGAAAUAAUGCUCGAAAGCCUAGCUUUAAACAACUGAUAGCGGAACGCGUGCACUCUCUUCCCCUGCUGAGACCCAACACAACACACACGAAUGCGGAAAAUGAUGUAAAACGGGGGGAAAUCUAAACCUGAAAGGCCCCAUACAGCAGCAGAGGCACAAAAUGGAAAGGCACUAACCAGCACCAACAAACCACCAACCAACCACCCAGCAGAAGCAGAAGCAACCAAGAUGAAUCUGUCGUGGCGCUUUUGAGCAUCAAUCGAUCUUAGUUUGUUCGCCAACUUUCUGUUCAAGAAGUCCGAGCCCUGUCCGCGCGUACGAUUCCGAUUCCGUCUGUCAGACAACAACUCCUCAUCCCCCGUUUCCCUCCCCCAGAGCCUGAUCCAACUCCCACUCGCACCUUCAAAUCCAGUGCACUGGUAGCUGCCGCCCAUGAUGCAUAUCAAGAGUUUGCCCCAUGCUCAUGCCCAUGCUGCUGCCACGGCGAUGAGCAGCAACUGUGACAUUGUUAUUGUGGCCUCUCAGCCGCAGACGACGAUUGCCAACAACAACAACAAUGAUACGGUCACACAGGCCACUCAUCCCGGUCAUGUGGCAGCGGCGGCCCAACAGCAGCAGCAGCAGCAGCAGCAACAGCAGCAGCAGGCGCAGCAGCAGCAUCACCAACAGCAGCAACAGGCGCAACAGCAACAACAGUCUUCUGGACCCCCCUCAGCGCCACCAGCUCCAGCGGAACUCGCCGCCUUACCCUUCCAAAUGCAUCUGAAUGGAAUUUCGGCCGAGGCGCAUAGUGCCGCUCAGGCUGCAGCCAUGGCGGCUGCUCAGGCCGCAGCAGCUCAAGCAGCGGCGGCGGAUCAACAGCAGCCACCGUCAGCGCCUCCACCGCAUCUGGUCCAUCUGGCCACGCACAGCCCGACCAUGUCGAAUGAUCACUAUUUGGCCAAUGGCCAUGGCGAGCACCAGGGUGAGGGGGCUGGCAGCAAUGGAAACUCUGGCGGUGGCGGAGGCGGUGGCGCGAGAGACCAGGAAAAGCCGUUCCACUGCACCGUGUGCGAUCGACGCUUCCGGCAGCUGAGCACACUGACCAACCAUGUCAAGAUCCACACUGGCGAGAAGCCCUACAAAUGCAACGUUUGUGAUAAGACCUUCCGUCAAUCGUCCACGCUGACGAACCAUCUGAAGAUCCAUACGGGGGAAAAGCCCUACAACUGCAACUUCUGUCCCAAGCAUUUCCGUCAGCUGAGCACUCUGGCGAAUCAUGUCAAGAUCCACACGGGUGAAAAGCCGUUCGAGUGCGUCAUAUGCAAAAAGCAAUUCCGGCAGUCCAGCACGCUCAACAACCACAUAAAGAUCCACGUCAUGGACAAGGUCUACGUUCCUGUCAAGAUCAAAACGGAGGAGGAGGAGGGGUGACUAGGACGGAUGGCGUUGGCGGGGCAUCAUCAGCAGCAGCACCAUCAUCUGCCGCAGCAACAGCAUCCGCACCACCAACAGCCACCGCAUCCGCAUCAUACUCCGCCCCAUGCCCAUGCACAUGCUCAUGCCCACCACAUCGACCAUCAGCGAGGAAUAACCAUUACCACUCUGCCCUCCACCACGUCUGUGGCGCAACACCAGCAACAGCAGCAGCUCCUUCACCAUGGCAAUGGCAGUUCUCCCCACCAUUUCAAUGUGGCCUCGUUGGGUGAUUUGUCCAGCGCCAUGCAGCUGGGAGCUGUGACAGCCGAUGGCAACUUUGUCACCAUGAAUGGGGUGGUGGUGGGCCGCAUUCAACACACGCGCGAAGAGCUGCAGCAGCUCGGAGUGAUUAAGGUCGAGUCACCAUCGAAUGGUGUGACCACCGUGCCGACGUCUGUGGCGUCGUCAACGCAGCGCGAGUGAUGAGUCGAUCAGCUGCUCCUCGAGUACAUAUUCAAGGCCGAGGAGAAUGUCCAGGAGCAGACAGUAGAGCAGGAGGAAGAUGAGGAGGAGGAGGAGGAGCAGCGAUCGAGCAAGUAGUGAGCCAUGUUUGGUGUGUACGCUUACGUUGUUGUUAGUUGUUUAAUUGUAGCGAACAUUGUUGUUGUUGUUAAGGUUUAAAUGUGUGACUAAGAACUUACCAAGAUGAAUGUAUAGCAAAACGCUUCAAAAGUAGCUAACCGGCAGACCGCCAACACCACAGCAGCAGCACACAGCGCUCCCUGGUAAACCAAACCUGAAAACCCGAAAACCCGUAAACUGAACAUCCAACCAUAAGAAAUACCAGACCCUUGAAGAAGUGCUGCUGUGUGGCCAGCAUCUCACACCCAACCCCCACACCCCACAAUCCAAUCACGAGGCAAUAGAAUAACCAACGUCCUAUUCACGUAAUUAAACCUAAUCGCAACCCGUAACUAGGAGCAGAACUAGAAAGAAACAAAAAAUUUGCUAAAAGUACUAAACACACAAUUAAGCGAAAAGUCAUUGCGUUAA